AGUUAUAUCUUCGCUUAUAAAAGGGGCUGCUACAGUUUUCUUUUAACAGCUUCCUCUUUGCCUUCUGUAAAAACCUGCUUGAGAGAAAGACGAUGCUGUCCAUCUCGGUGGUGGCCCUGAUCUGGUUGGUCUUCCUGAGGACCUUCUCCACAGCUUUGGAUCCAACCCUAGAGGGGACAUGGAGGGACUGGAAGGCCACUCAUGGUAAAGAAUAUGUUCAGGAGGAGGAAGAAUCCUUUCGAAGAGCUGUGUGGGAAGAGAAUUUGCAGAUGAUCCAAGAUCAUAACAAGGAGGCUGACCUGGGGAAAUACACCUACUGGCUUGGCAUGAAUCACUUUGGCGAUUUGACCAAUGAGGAGCUUGACAAGAGGCUGCCUUGCCUGCUCUCUGACUUUGAUAAGGUAACUAAAGGCAACAGGAUCACAUUCAAAUCCUCAGAUGAUCCAGAUAUUCCUGACCAGAUAGAUUGGAGAACCAAAGGUGGUGUCACCAAAGUGAAGGAUCAGGGUGAGUGUGGCUCUUGCUGGUCCUUCAGUGCCACUGGUGCUCUGGAAGGCAUGCAUUUCAAGAAGAUGGGGAAGCUGGUCUCACUAAGUGAACAAAAUCUGAUUGACUGUUCUGAGGAGAAUUAUGGCUGCGAUGGUGGAAUUAUGGAGCUAGCUUUUGAAACUGUGCGGAAACAAGGAGGGAUCAAUUCAGAGAAAAGCUACCCUUAUGAUGGAGUGGAUAGACAAAGUUGCCGCUAUGAUCCUGACGAAUCUAUUACCAGAUGUAACUCAUUUGGACAGAUCAUGGAGAAUGAUGAAAAAGGUCUUCAGGAAGCUGUGGCCAAGAUAGGUCCAGUUUCUGUUGGAAUAGAUGCUCGGAGUAGCAAGUUCCACUUCUAUAAGUCAGGAAUAUUUAGAGAACCCAAUGAUGGAGAAAAACAGACAAAUCAUGCUAUGCUGAUUGUGGGUUAUAACGACUCCAGCGAGGGCAAUGGCCAUUGGAUCCUAAAGAACAGCUGGUCCACUCUUUGGGGUGAGAAAGGUUACAUGCGCCUAGCCAAAGGAUCAAAUCAGUGCAAAGUCGCUGAACACGCCGUCUUUCCUAUCCCAGAUCCAAAGAAGGGAAAGUAAUUUCUUCUUUCAGCAUAAGGAUCGUUUGAGAUAUAUAGAGCUAAAAGUCACCAAUGAAUGACCUGCUGCUUCUGAAGCUUCUGGAAGAAAAAAAAAUGUUAAUAAAUGCUUUUGGGCAAUGCUACUCAGAA